AUGUCAGCUUUGAGGGAAGCGAUUGAUAGAACUGAAGUCUACGAGUACAUGCUGUUUCUCACCUCAGGAUUCGGCCAGCCAGACUUCCAGAUGUCCAAAUUUCUUCAUGCCUGCAAGCUAUCCAAGGCUGGAUUUACUUCUCAAGCGCUCGAUUAUUGCGAGAUCAUCACUACAACGAUCUUCUGUAAUAAUCUGCUUCAAGAGAAGAAAAGAGAAAGACCCGAGUGGCUGAUGGAACUUGAGCAAAUGCUCCAAAACCAAACUCUUCUUUCUAGCUCUUCUGAUGAUGAGGAGCAGAAAUCAGCUGAGUCUCUCACUUCACCAUACGGUGAGCUUGAUUCAUGGUACAUUAUGGAAGGGGUGCUGGGGAGAGGAGGCUUUGGCACUGUCUACAGUGGAGUCCGUAAGGAAGAUGGUAAAAAGGUUGCCAUUAAAUGUGUCGCCAAAAAGCCACAGGCCAAAUACAUCACCAUUCCCGGAGAGACACGCAGCCUGCCUCUGGAGGUGGCCUUAAUGGAGAUGGUAUCCAAGCCUCCUCGCUGUGAGAAUGUGGUGGAGCUGCUGGAAUGGUUCGAGACGCCCACUUAUUUAAUCUUGGUAAUGGAGCAACCCAACCGCUGCAUAGACCUCCUAAAGUUCUGCAUAUGUGUUAAUGGUCCUUUGUCUGAACCGAUGGCACGAGUGGUUAUGCAUCAGGUGGUUCGAGCUGCUUGUCACUGCUGUGAGCGAGGAGUUUCAUCGCGAUAUCAAGGCCGGGAAUCUUCUGUUCAAUCCAGAAACUUUGCAGGUGAAGUUGAUCGACUUUGGCUGCGGUGA